AUAGCGGCGGGCGGCCGGGGCGCAGAGUAGGGCCAGAGUGGGUGAGCGCACGGCCAUGGCCCCGUGGCUGCAGCUCUGCUCUGUCUUCUUCACUGUCAACGCCUGUUUGAACGGCUCGCAGCUGGCCGUGGCCGCGGGUGGCUCCAGCAGAGCUAGGGGCGCCGACACCUGUGGCUGGAGGGGAGUGGGGCCGGCUAGCAGAAACAGCGGGCUGCACAAUAUCACCUUCAGAUAUGACAACUGUACCACAUACUUGAAUCCGCUGGGGAAGCAUGUGAUUGCUGAUGCCCAGAACAUCACCAUCAGUCAGUAUGCUUGCCACGACCAGGUGGCAGUCACCAUUCUUUGGUCCCCAGGGGCCCUUGGCAUUGAAUUCCUGAAAGGAUUUCGGGUAAUACUGGAGGAGCUGAAGUCAGAGGGACGACAGUGCCAGCAACUGAUUCUGAAGGACCCAAAGCAGCUCAACAGUAGCUUCAAAAGGACUGGAAUGGAAUCUCAACCUUUCCUGAAUAUGAAGUUUGAGACGGAUUACUUUGUAAAGAUUGUUCCUUUUCCUUCCAUUAAAAACGAAAGCAAUUAUCACCCUUUCUUUUUCAGAACCCGAGCCUGUGACUUGCUGUUACAGCCGGACAACCUGGCCUGUAAACCCUUCUGGAAGCCUCGAAACCUGAAUAUCACCCAGUACGGUUUGGAUAUGCAGGUGUCCUUUGACCACGCACCACACACCUUUGGCUUCCGUUUCUUCUAUCUUCACUACAAGCUCAAGCAUGAGGGACCCUUUAAGCGAAAGACUUGUAAACAGGAGCAAAAUACAGAGACAACCACCUGCCUCCUUCAAAAUGUGUCUCCAGGGGAUUAUGUAAUUGAGCUGGUGGAUGACACUAAUAUAACAAGGAAAGUGAUGCAUUAUACCUUAAAGCCAGCGCAUUCCCCAUGGGCUGGGCCCAUCAGAGCUGUUGCCAUCACUGUGCCACUGGUCGUCAUAUCGGCCUUCGCAACACUCUUCACCGUGAUGUGCCGCAAGAAGCAACAAGAAAAUAUAUAUUCACAUUUAGAUGAAGAGAGUUCUGAGUCCUCCACCUACACUACAGCGCUCCCCAGAGAGAGGCUCCAGCCACGGCCGAAGGUCUUCCUCUGCUAUUCCAGUAAAGAUGGCCAGAAUCACAUGAAUGUCGUCCAGUGUUUUGCCUACUUCCUCCAGGACUUCUGCGGCUGUGAGGUGGCUCUGGACCUGUGGGAAGACUUUAGCCUCUGCAGAGAAGGGCAGAGAGAAUGGGUCAUCCAGAAGAUCCAUGAGUCCCAGUUCAUCAUCGUGGUCUGUUCCAAAGGCAUGAAGUACUUUGUGGACAAGAAGAAUUACAAGCACAAAGGAGGCAGCCGAGGCUCCGGGAAAGGGGAGCUCUUCCUGGUGGCCGUGUCGGCCAUCGCCGAAAAGCUCCGCCAGGCCAAGCAGAGCUCAUCAGCCGCACUCAGCAAGUUCAUUGCAGUCUACUUUGAUUAUUCCUGUGAGGGAGAUGUUCCUGGUGUACUGGACCUGAGCACCAAGUACAAGCUCAUGGACAACCUUCCCCAGCUCUGUUCCCACCUGCAUUCACGAGACCACAGCCUCCCGGAGCUGGGGCAGCAUCCUGGGCACAUCAGCAGGAGGAACUACUUCCGGAGCAAGUCUGGACGGUCCUUGUACGUCGCCAUUUGCAACAUGCACCAGUUUAUUGACGAGGAGCCAGACUGGUUUGAGAAACAGUUCGUUCCCUUCCACCCUCCCCGACUCCGCUACCAGGAGCCAGUGCUGGAGAAGUUUGACUCUGGCUUGGCCCUAAAUGAUGUAAUGUGCAAACCGGGGCCUGAGAGCGACUUCUCUCUCAAGGCUGAGGCACCCGUCCCUGGGUCGCCAGCUGACUCACACUCGGAGGGUCAGCAGCUUGGCCUGGACGAAGACGCAGAAGCCGGGCCCAGCCCCGGUGGCAGCUCCGUCCUGCAGCCCCUGCUGCACACAGCGAAAGCCGUUGGCUUGGGCAUGCCUCGGGACUCAGGCAUCUACGACUCUUCUGUGCCCUCCUCCGAGCUGUCACUGCCUCUGAUGGAAGGGCUCUCAGCAGACCAAACAGAAACGUCCUCGCUGACAGAGAGUGUGUCGUCCUCCUCAGGCCUGGGUGAGGAGGACCCUCCUGCCCUUCCAUCCAAGCUCCUCACCUCUGGGGUGUAUAAAGCAGAACCUGGUUGCUGCAGCUACACUGGCGAACUCCACACGGCCGCCCCUUUGUAAUGAAACUGAAGAGUCUAAGCAUUGCCACUUUAGCUGCUGCCUCUCUCUGUUUCCCCAGCUCAUCUCUCUGGUUGUGUAGCCCACUUGGAGCUGAGGUCUCCUACAAGGAUGCUCAGAGUGAAAUUUUUGCCAGUAUUUGUUCUCCUUGCCCCUGUCGUCUAACAGAUACCUUGGCAAAGUCUCCGAUUUUCUAAAAAAAUCAUAUGGAUCUCUGAAAGGCAUGUCCGUAAGAUCUGACAACAGCUUACCGUGUUAGGUCAGACCUUGGAUUAGAGCCAGUACUGGGAGGUAGGGAGGAAACAUGUAAGGAGGAACAGGAAAAUACCUGCACUGAUCGUUCAGACUUAAUUUAUCUCUGCAGACUUUGCCUAUUCACUGUUUGGCUACUUUGAUUUGAAAUGCUUUGUAGAAAAAGCACUUUUAAUGCUAUAACAACCAUAGAUAUCAAACGUCAGUCUAUCUGAAAUCCAUGUCAUUAUAGAUGGUAUUACUCUCCACUUUUGGUGUGGCACUUAGGAUGCCAUGGAUGUGAAAAAAGGUCUAGAAGAUGAUUGAAUAUAUAAUCACCUUUCAUAAAAUGAGUCUACGUAUUAGUGGGUGGCAUGCUGGCUGAGGUGGGAGCUGCAGGGCCAGGGUGACCAUCUUUACAACUUUUUCUGAGAUGGGUUGAUCAACACGCAAUGGCACCAUAACUCAGCACCUAGGACCACCUCCUGGUCUGAGUAGGCAUCGUGUGAGGACCAGAUAUGACUGCCAAACUUUCUAUGGUUACAUUUACUGCAUUGUAUCUCAGAUGUUGGUGUCUGAAAUUUUGUUUUAAGAGACUGAUACACGACUAGGCUGUAGUACUGGAAGUUGCAGUUCACGCGUCUGUUGACCUCUGGUCUAAAGCCAUGUCUAGAAUAUUUGGGAUCAGAAUCCAUUGAAAUACAGUGGGUGGAGGUGGUGGCCAGUUGAUCUGUUGAACUGGUUUUGACUAAUGACACACCUCUUUUUAAGAAGGUAGAAAGGGGGAGAACUGUCCCUAAGACGAAUGUGCUCUUCAGAUAUUGCCUAAUGAAGACAUGGGACCUGAAAUCAGUAAAUUCUUGAAUCUUAAAGUAUGCCCCCAACAACCCAGCCUGUGACUCAUGUUUCACUUUGUUUCUAUUAUAUUUACCCAAUGAAAGAUUUGUCUCUUGUGCUCCAUCUUACAGAGAAGAGCUAUUCAGAGUUUAGGAAAGAAUU